AUGUUAGAUCAAAAUUCUCAGAGGAUAUUGGCAAAUGCUACAGAUAUUUUAUACCAUGAUUUUGAACCAAGAGAUUGUGUUUGUUUUUUUCAAUCUAAAGGAAUUUUAACUGAUGAUGAUGUUGAGGAAAUUAUUAGUUGUAAUAGAAGACAUGGAAGAGUAGACUUAUUUUUAAAUAAAUAUAGAAGAAGAUGUUUUAAUUUUAAUUUAUUAAAAGAAUAUUUUACUAAUUAUGUUUCUCAGAUACAUUUAGCAGAAUUAUUUGAUGAAAAUAAUAGUCAUAUAGAGGAAAAAAUUCAAGAACCAAAAAUAUUUCUAAGAAAGAUGAACUCUGCACAAAUCCCAAAAUCAAUUAGUUAUCAAAUAAAAAGAUUUGAGUUAGAAGAAAGUUUAGAAAAAAAUUUAAAACAAUUCAUUGAUGGAAAUUUUGAUUGGUUUAUUAUUAAUGGUAUUAGAGGUUGUGGAAAGACGCUUCUAUUAGCACAAGUAUUAAGAAAUAAUUAUGAAUACUUAUCAAAAUAUAUUAAUAAUAUUUAUUGGUUUACAGAUUCAUGUGAAAUAACUUCAAAAUCAAAACAAAUAUUUAUUAAAAUUUUAGUUUCUUUAACAGAUACCUCAUGUUUACAAUCUUCAUAUCCAGAGGAUGAAGAUUUAUUAAUGGGAAUAAUUGUAGAACAAAUACAAUCAAAAUCUGGUAAAACUCUUUUAAUAAUAGAUGAUGUAUUACUUGAAGAAAAUGUACGAUGGUAUAGUAAGAUGAUUUCAAUGUUAUCAAAUAUUUGUCAAAUAAUAUCUAUUUCCCCUAAUGAGGAAAUAUUUCAAGCAUUACCACAAGAAGCAAUAAAAUUUUCUUUUAAAAAUAAUUCAGGAUUUAAUUAUACUCAAAUUGAAAAAUUAUUUACUAAUGAUAAAGAUAUACCUUCAACAUGUUUAAUUAAUAAAAUACUAGAUGAGACAUGUGGGCUUCCGGCUUUUCUAGGAAUUCUUAAAUUCCAGUCAUCAAAUAAUAUUUCAAGAUUAGAAAAAUUAGUAGAAAGAUUAGAAUCAUGUAACUCACUAACUCCAUUCACCUCAAUAACACCAUACUUUUAUAAAAAUAUGAAUACAGUUUUUGAUAAAGAUUUUUCAAUAAUGGAUGAUUCAGAUAUUCUUAAUUUAUGUCAUAUAUGCCUUUUAUUUACACCAAAUAUUUGGUAUCAUUUUGCCUAUACAACUUUAAUAUUACCCUUAGAUUUACCAUCAUAUAAUUGUGAUAUUCCAACAUUAGUAUAUGAAUCAAUUGAAAAAUUAUCUAAACUUUCUCUUCUUCAAAUUGAUGGUGAUAAAUUUAUGAUACAUCCUAUUGUUUUUAAAUAUUGUGUUGGAAAACAAUGUCAGUAUCACCAAAUUGAUAAAGAAAGUUUAGUUUCCCUAUUUUUGACACGCCUUAAUUCUAUUGUCUGUGAAACUGGUAACAUUUUUAUGUAUAAAAAUUUUAAAGGAAUGUCUAAAGAUGAUGCAAAAAAAACAUAUAACCAGUUAAAGGAUUAUCAUUUAAAAAAUAAUGAUUACGAAUAUUCAAAAAACAAGAAUACUUACUCACUAUUCAGUUUUUUUAGACAGUAA